AUGACAGUUCUAGUUAGACCACUAACUGCCAUGAAAGUUGUUCCGUGUUGUAUUUUCCUGACCUUGACAAUUUGCAAUUUAACCUCGGCCUUGAAGGCCAAAUUCACCAAAUUGGAAUGUUUCGAAUAUGAUAAGCCAUUCGCCACAAUACCCAAAUGUUAUUUGAAGGCCCUGUCGCGCUAUCGUACGGCAUUGAAUGUUCAUGUGGCCCUGCAUCAGGUUCCCGUGAAUAAUGUUUCGUUCAAUGGCGCCUUUUACCAAAAAAGUAACAAUGGCUAUCGACCCUUGAUGUACAAUAACACAGUGGAUUUUUGUAGUUUCUAUAAAAAUCCAAAUCGUUUUGUAUUUUGGAAAAUAAUAUUUUUCAACAUUAUUGCGCCGUCAUCAAAUAUCAAUCACACUUGUCCAUAUAAUCAUGACAUUAUUGUCAAAAAUUUAAUAUUAGAUGGAGAAAUGUUUCGAAUGAUACCCUUCCCGCCAAAUGAAUAUUCGUUCAGGAUAAAAGUUGCAGCCUAUAAUCAUGAUAAGGCUGAAAUACGUGCAAAUGUACAGAUCAUGGAAUAA